AGGUAACAGGUCUGCUAUCUGCAUACAGUUGGGUUAUACAGAUUUUUCUAUCUGAAUUAAUCGUGAAUCGGACUCCAGUCCUGUUUUCCAGGAAUAGAUCAUGUCUGUGUCCAUGACUGUUUCGGUUUUAACCUUCUUAUAAUCAGUUGAUGGACUUCACCAUUCUUAUUAUACCAAACAAACAACAAGAUGGCAGCGAUACCAAGACGAGUGCAAAGUGAAGAUUCAGAUAGGCGUCCACUCAUUAGUCAUGAUGGCACAAUCACUGGAUGUACUGGCUCCGCUACAGAGCUUAGAUUUAUUAUACUUGGCGGCGAUGAAGAUCUAAUGGCUGAUGCGUGUGACAUCAUUCUUAGGGAAAGAGCAGGAAGAACUGAAAUACAGCACAGAAAAGGUCAUGUAUUUGGCAAAAAGGUCAUUGUGUUGAAAACACCUUCUACCUGGAUGAGUCAGGUGGCAUCAUGCCUUUGCUUCUCCUCAAGAGUCAAAUCUAUCAAAGAUGAGAUGGUAUAUUGUGCAUCUCUGGUCUUUCCUGGACCGCAUGCAUUUCUAUUAGUUACUGACAACAGUAAAGUGACUGGGAAGGAACGGUACCUUUUAAGAGCAAUCGCUGAAGUAUUUGGCAAAGAAGCCUUAGACUAUGUUAUGUUAUUGAUAAUUGGAAGAACUGAACCGAAAGGGAUCGACAGUGUCAGGAACUACGUGAGAAAGUUUUACACAUUAGAGGACACUGAGCAAAGUGUUCAAUGUCUGUUCAGAGAAACUGAAAUUAUGACACAAAACAAUGAGUCCACAUUCUUUAUUCAGCCAUCAUAUGAAAACCUCAUGAAAAAGGUAUUUUUAUCAUGGGAAAAGGAAAGAGAUGCUGAAAUACAAAAACAGCAUGCACAAGAGAUGACUGCUUUAGAAGAAAGAUUUAGAACUACUGAAAGUAAUUUAAAGAAAGAAACGGACACUUUGAGAGAGUUGAUGCUGGCCACUAUGAUACGGUUAAAGAAAUACAAAGACAGUGAGGAGCAGAACCAGCAAGGGGCUUCAGGAGCUCAAGAAGAUCUGCUGUUCAAAGAAUGUAGCAACACCGCCUUGAAAAACAUGUUUCCUUCUAUCAUUGAUGAUUUUACUGAACGUGAUAAUGCACUGAAAGAACAGCUUGCGGCUUGUAAAGACACUGUGAGCACCUUGAAGGACAUGUUUUCAUCCUUGACUGAUGAUUAUGUUCAUCAUGACAGUCAGAUAAAGAGUGAAAAUGAGAAGCUCCAAAGAGAACUGGAGCAACACAAACUCAAAGAAAGAGAGUGGGAACAAAAACUUAAGGAAUUGGAGGACAGAUUAAGGCAGGAGAAAGGUCUGAGUAGAAGAGAGAAGGAACUGGAGUCCAAAGAGGGAGGAACGGCAAAGAAAGAGCAAGAAAUCCAAACUACUGGAGAAGAGCAUAAUCUACACCGCAACGUAGAGCUAACUUCUCCUGGGUUAUCUCAAGAACAACGCAGACCUCUAGAUGAAAGAGGAGAGCUGAGCAAAGAUGAAGAUUCACAUGACAGUGAAUCACUUGAGUUUGGAAAACCUAGUCAAAUCUAUCAAAGAUGA